AUGAGCUCACCAGUCCACACCAGUGCUCCCAGUUCAGCCCCCUGAGCUCACCAGGCCACACCAGUGCUCCCAGUCCAUAUCAAUGUUUCCAGUCCAUCCAGCCUGGGGCACUCUCCAGUCCACACCAGUGCUCCCAGUUCAGCCUGGGGCACUCACCAGUCCACACCAGUGCUCCCAAGCUCCCAGUCCAUCCCCCUGAGCUCACCAGUCCACACCAGUGCUCCCAGUUCAGCCCUCUCGGCUCCCCAGUCCACACCAGUGCUCCCAGUCCAUCCCCAUGAGCUCACCAGUCCACACCAGUGCUCCCAGUUCAGCUCCCAAAAGCUCCGUUAA